CUGUAUCAGCCAGCUUGAAGUGAUUGGCUGGCCAUAACCGCAGCAAAAAUGUGCGCCGUGCCAGCCGACUAGCGUACGCUGCAGUUAAACGGACUGAUACGCCCGUUUCGAUCACACUUCCUGAGGCAAACAAGGUCGAAAGCCCAUUUGGAUCGUUAGUUUUUUAGCGGAAUUUACCUUUUUUCAAUUAAAAAACGCAGCGCGAAAAUGGGAACCUUAUUCAGGAGCCAGCGUAUGGUGUUGUGUCAGUUUUAUCUUCAGUCCGAGGCGGCUUACUGUUGUGUGGCUGAACUUGGAGAGCUUGGUGUUUGCCAGUUUCGAGAUUUAAACGCAGAUGUCAAUGCAUUCCAACGUAAAUUCGUUAACGAGAUCCGAAGAUGUGACGAAAUGGAAAGGAUACUGCGUUUCUUAACAAAAGAAUGCGAACGCGAAGAAAUUCCCAUCUUAAGAGUCGGUGAGAAUCCGGCAACGCCGCUGCCACGGGAGUUGGUCGAUUUGGAGGGAACAAUGGAUAAACUGGAGCAUGAACUGAAGGAAGUCAACGGAAACUACGAAGCGCUGAGCAAGAAUAUGAUGGAACUUGUCGAGCUGAAGCACGUUUUACGCCGUGCACAAACCAUAUUCGAUCAAGAUGAUUUAGGAGUGCACGCCAUGGGCGGACAAUUCGAUGCGCCCAUACCGGGAGCUAAACGCGAAGCGCAGAUAAGCUUUCUGGCUGGAACUAUUCUACAGCAGAAAGUGCCAGCUUUCGAGCGGCUCAUCUGGAGAUUGUCACGAGGAACUGUGCUCGUGCGGUGCCAUGAUAUUGAGACUCCAUUGGAAGAUCCCCUCACGGGAGCGGAAAUACGAAAAUCAACUUUUUUCGCUUUUUACCAAGGAGAGCAAUUGAAGGUUCGAGUAAAAAAGAUCUGUGAAGCCUUCAAGGCAACUAUUUUUCCAUGCCCGGAAACCAGUGCAGAAAUGCGUGAAAUGGCGAUUCAGGUUAUGACCCGUAUCGAAGACUUGAAAACGCUUAUCGGACACACUCAACAACAUCGCCUGAUGGUCAUGACAGCGUCAGCCAAAAAUAUUGAUUUGUGGUGCAAGAAGUUGCAGAAAAUCAAAGCUGUUUACACAUUGAUGAACAAUUUCAAUAUCGAUAUAACGCAGCGCUGUUUUGUUGGAGAAGGCUGGUGUCCGCUUAAGGAACUCGACAGAAUUCGUUAUGCUCUUGGAGUUGGAACGGAAAAAGCCGAAUGUAACGUUCCGUCCAUUGUUUCACCGAUUCCGACAAAGGACACACCGCCUACGUAUCACAAAACGAACAAGUUUACAUCCGGUUUUCAGGGGAUUGUCGAUGCGUACGGGAUGGCAAACUAUCGAGAAGUUAAUCCAGCACCGUUCACAGUCAUUACGUUUCCGUUUCUUUUUGCUGUAAUGUUUGGCGAUGCUGGUCAUGGAGCAAUUAUGGCAGCAUUAGCAGCAGUGCUGAUUUGGAAGGAGAAAUGGAUAGAAAGCCGGAGAGGUUUAGGCGAGAUUGCUCUUACCAUGUUUGGGGGAAGAUAUAUCAUUUUCCUGAUGGGUCUGUUUAGUAUCUACACAGGAUUUAUUUACAACGACAUUUUCAGCAAAUCCAUGAACAUUUUUGGAUCGCGCUGGAGUGCAAUGAACUACAAUAUGUCGGACUAUCCGGAAGGACAAGAGCCUGCAAUACAGCUUAACCCGAAUUCUUCGGAUUACAUUAAUGACAAUGGUCCGUAUCCGUUCGGGAUUGAUCCAGUGUGGGCCAUGGCUAGCAACAAGAUUAAUUUCAUCAAUUCCUACAAAAUGAAGAUGUCCGUCAUUUUGGGUGUUAUGCAGAUGAUGUUUGGAAUUUGUCUGAGCGCCUUCAAUCACACAUAUUUUAAAAAGCCGCUGAAUAUAAUUUGUGAAUUUAUUCCGCAAGUGAUCUUCUUAUUGUGCAUGUUUGGCUAUCUGGUGGCUCAAAUUUUUACCAAAUGGAUUAUUUUCGACGCCAGCGUAUCCAGUUGCUCACCGCAGCUACUGAUUGGUCUGAUCAACAUGUUUUUGAUGAAAUAUAGUCAGGAAAAUCCCAACAAUGGCACAUGUAAAUUGUACACAUUUUAUCCUCAUCAGAAAGAAGUACAAAUAACGCUGGUGGUAGUUGCCGUAUUAUGCAUUCCCUGGAUGUUAUUUAUUAAACCCAUCUAUAAUCGGGUUCGCAGCUCGCGGGCGCAGUAUACAAAUGUGGAUGAUGAUAAUUCCACGACCAACACAGGCGGCCAUGAUGACCACGCCAGUGGUGAGUCAUUCUCUGAUAUUAUGAUCUACCAAGCCAUCCAUACCAUCGAGUUUUGUUUGGGGGUUAUCAGUAACACCGCAUCUUAUCUUCGGUUAUGGGCACUAAGUCUGGCACAUUCUCAAUUGUCGGAAGUGCUUUGGACUAUGGUGUACGUAAAUUCCUUCAUGUUUAAUAACUUUGCCGGGUUGUUUUUGGUAUUUGCCGUGUUUUCCGCGUGGGCAUCGGCCACUCUCGGCAUUCUGGUGUUCAUGGAAGGCAUGAGUGCAUUCCUGCAUGCUCUUCGUUUGCAUUGGGUGGAGUUCCAAAACAAAUUUUAUGGUGGUUCUGGGUACGCUUUUGAGCCGUUUGACUUCAAAAAGAUCGACGCUAUGAACGCGAUUGCGGAAAGAUCGGAAUAGCCGGUCGGGUUUUUACAGUGGUUAUGUAUCUGUGAUUUGUUAGAAACAAUGUAGGUCGUCCUUAAAAACUCUGUGAUUGUUUAUAUAAUUAUGGCUGAUCUUGAUUUGUUAUACUUCUAUGUUCAACUGGGUUUGCUUGCUCGAGUAUCAGCAGAUGAUAACUUUCGAAAAUAUCGUUUUUAAUAAAAUGUGAUGGUAUUGGAAAUGAUUCUUG